GUCACGGCGUCGGGGUGGAGCCGGCGGCAGGGGCCGGGCCUCUCUAGGCUCUCCGGCUGAGCCGGGUUGGGGCCCGGGUUGGGGGCGGCGGCCCGGCGCGGCGCCCUGGGACUGUGGAGCAUCGGGAUUUAUAGCGCGCCCUCUGGGUAGGCGGCUGUAGCGGAGAGGCGUGCGGGAUCGGGAUGUCGGGGCUGCUCACGGACCCGGAGCAGAGAGCGCAGGAGCCGCGGCACCCCGGCUUCGUGCUGGGGCUGGAUGUGGGCAGUUCUGUGAUCCGCUGCCACGUCUAUGACCGGGCGGCGCGGGUCUGCGGCUCCAGCGUGCAGAAGGUAGAAAAUCUUUAUCCUCAAAUUGGCUGGGUAGAAAUUGAUCCUGAUGUUCUUUGGAUUCAAUUUGUUGCCGUAAUAAAAGAAGCAGUCAAAGCUGCAGGAAUACAGAUGAAUCAAAUUGUUGGUCUUGGCAUUUCAACACAGAGAGCAACUUUUAUUACGUGGAACAAGAAAACAGGAAAUCAUUUUCACAACUUUAUAAGUUGGCAAGACUUAAGAGCUGUUGAACUUGUAAAAUCUUGGAAUAAUUCUCUUCUUAUGAAGAUAUUUCACAGUUCUUGCCGAGUGCUUCACUUUUUCACUAGAAGUAAACGACUUUUUACAGCCAGUUUGUUCACUUUCACAACCCAGCAGACUUCUUUGAGAUUGGUCUGGAUUUUACAGAACCUGACUGAGGUGCAAAAGGCAGUUGAAGAAGAAAAUUGCUGCUUUGGGACUAUUGAUACCUGGUUGUUAUAUAAGCUCACAAAAGGUUCUGUAUAUGCCACAGAUUUUUCAAAUGCUAGUACAACUGGACUUUUUGACCCAUAUAAGAUGUGUUGGAGUGGGAUGAUUACCUCUCUAAUUUCGAUACCACUUUCUCUCCUACCUCCCGUGAGGGACACAAGCCACAAUUUUGGAUCAGUGGAUGAAGAGAUAUUUGGUGUGCCUAUACCAAUAGUUGCCUUGGUUGCUGACCAGCAAUCAGCCAUGUUUGGAGAGUGCUGCUUCCAGACAGGUGAUGUGAAAUUAACCAUGGGAACUGGAACAUUUUUGGAUAUUAACACUGGAAAUAGCCUUCAACAGACUACUGGAGGCUUUUAUCCAUUAAUUGGGUGGAAGAUUGGGCAAGAAGUCGUAUGCUUAGCUGAAAGCAAUGCAGGAGACACUGGUACUGCCAUAAAAUGGGCUCAGCAGUUAGACCUUUUCACAGAUGCUGCUGAGACUGAAAAAAUGGCCAAAAGUUUGGAGGAUUCUGAAGGAGUUUGUUUUGUUCCAUCUUUUAGUGGAUUACAGGCUCCAUUAAAUGACCCCUGGGCAUGUGCCUCUUUUAUGGGUUUGAAGCCUUCCACCAGUAAAUACCAUCUUGUACGAGCAAUAUUGGAGUCAAUAGCUUUCAGAAACAAACAGUUAUAUGAGAUGAUGAAGAAAGAGAUUCAUAUUCCUGUAAGAAAAAUCCGGGCAGAUGGAGGAGUUUGUAAGAAUGGUUUUGUCAUGCAGAUGACUUCAGACCUGAUUAAUGAGAAUAUAGACAGACCUGCCGACAUUGACAUGUCAUGCCUGGGUGCAGCUUCUCUAGCUGGCCUUGCUGUUGGGUUUUGGACUGACAAGGAGGAACUAAAGAAACUGAGACAAAGUGAAGUGGUUUUCAAGCCACAGAAGAAAUGUCAAGAAUAUGAAAUGAGUCUGGAAAACUGGGCCAAAGCAGUGAAACGCUCCAUGAAUUGGUAUAACAAGACAUAACACUAAAUGAAAUGAUCAAAACCAUAGGUAGCUGGUUUAUGUGACGUGCAGAUGAGAUGAAGCUCAGGGAUAACCAAUAUGACAAUGACUAAGAGGAGAAAAUUUUAAAUAAGCUUCAUAACUUAAGAAGCAUUGCUUUUAAAAAAACAAAACGGAACAAAAAACUCUUAUUUUUUUCCCCUAAACCAUGGUAAGGCAGCAAUACCUCAAAACUUUAUAUCUUCUAUUUUGUAGCAAAUUCCAAAGGACGUUAGUCAUUUCCAACCAUAUUUUGACAGUUAUGGGUCCUCUUCCUUUUUAUACUGGGUCAGUGGUACAUAGGAACAUAAUGAUUUACCAUCCAAGCUAAUAGUUCUGGGUCAAGUACCAUGCACAUAUUGUUCCAAAAUUAUGUGAAACGUAUUUCUUUAAUUCUUUAAGUGGGCUAUUUGAAGUACAUAUAGCUAAAAAGAAAGAAUAACUGAGAAAAUGUGGAAUUUUGAAACAUUAAUAUUUUAUGUUUAAAACCAUAAUUUCCUAAUACUAUAUCCAAAUAUGAGCUUAAUAUGUCCCUCUCAGAUAAGCUUAUGAGUUAGUUAAUGCUUUCCUUUACUGGUCUUAAAGACACUGCCUUAAUUUUUCCUUGUUCAACCAAAAUCUGAGCAUUCUAUGUUGAAAACACUGAAAAACUAAUUUUAGUUAAUGAACUAGAAAGAAUAUUGAUUUUUAAGAAACAGAAAAAUACUACUUAUUUUCCUUCUCAAAUAACGUUUCUUUCAAAAACUUCUGGCUGAAGUAUAACAUGCUGGUAGUUAACAUAAAUCGUGUCUUUCUCUUGUUCUUUAUCUUUCUUCGUUGUUUAGAUGCUUGUAUAAAUGUCUUUUGUUUUUAUUAAGUGCCUAAUUGACAGAGCUUAAUUUGAAGAAGUGCCCUAAUUUAUUGACCACUUAAGAAUUGCCUUUAUUGGGGUAUUUUAUUUGUUCCUGCGUCUUUUUGAUGUUUGUUCAGUCUACUCAUCCCUCUGAGUAUGUGCGGGGGAUAGCUGAUAGAAGGGAGGAGAGUGUGUCUAUGCUCAGGAUUGCCCUUCAGCCACUCAGCCAGAGAUCCACAGGGAGCAGCAAGGACAGUUUCACAUGCUCAGACUUUCUUGCAAGAAACAGUGAGGAGGAGUAAGUCGUGCGUAGUGUCAAGCUGGAUGUAGAAUUGUCCUAAGGCAGUUGACCCCACCUUCCAACAUGUUUUCACUUUAUUUGCCCCUCCCUACAUUUGGGGUAGGUUCCAUUUGGAUUUGCAGCAAUAAUGACUUUAUUUCUCUCUUGGUCAGGAUUUGGCACAUAAAAUCCUUUUAUUAUAGAACUAGCUAUUUUAGUUACAUAGUAAUGUAACUAAUGGAGAGAUUUAUAGAGAAUUUUGUUUUUGCUGUCAUAUAUGUCCAUUUUGGAGACAGAUAUGAUAGAACUAGAAAUUAAGUUGCAUUUCUGCAAGUGCCAUUUGAAUGAACUUCAAGUAUCUUCUUAAUUAUUAAAUUUUCUGAUGAAGGCAUUGUAACAAAUAUAUAGUAUCAUUAAAUCUACUAAUUAAGAUUUGGAAAUAUUUUUGUUAUUAAUAAAUAGAAGUAUUUUAUUUACUGUAAAAAUCAAACUUCAAUAUGUAGAUAAAUCUUAUUCUUUUCAUUCUUUCCCCUGUUUACAUCCUUUUUACAAAGCUUAGUCACCAAUUAAAGCUUUCCUAUCAAAAUCACA